UGAUUUCAAAAUCAGUUAAACAACACCCAUUAGAUAAUAUCUGUUUCUGGUGCAGUUAAAAUCUCAAACUGUGCCAGCUUGUCCUGACACAAAAUACAUGAUUCAAUGAUGUUACAUUAAAUUCAACAGAACAGAACUUGCACAAUGUUGAUGUCGCAAGCCAAACUGCACAACAUCUCCAAUGCCAUAAAAAUGGGUUUGAAGAAGAACGAUAACCAUCAUCACUGUUCAGCUGCAGUACUUUACCACUACCCUUGUCCGGAUGGUGCUUUUGCUGCUCUCGCUGCACACCUUUACUUCAAGGCCACAUCUUCAUUCUCCCCUCUUUUCUUUCCCAACACUGUUUACAACCCCAUCAGGGCGGAAGAUCUUCCUCUGGAUGAAAUUGAUGAUCUUUACCUCCUAGAUUUUGUGGGGCCGGAUGGUUUUAUUGAGGAAAUCUCUACCAAAGUUCCAAGGGUGAUUGUUUUGGACCAUCACAAGACUGCCCUUGAGAGGUUGGGGAAGGAGGAUUCACUUGGUGAAAAUGUGGUUAAGGUUCUUGACAUGGAGAGGAGUGGGGCUACUAUUGCAUUUGAUUACUUCAAAGAUAAGCUUUUGAGUCCUGAUAUUGCAGCUAAGCACUCCCCAGUUCUUGAUGAAUUUGAGCGUGCCAGACAACUUUUUCUGUAUGUUGAAGAUGUGGACCUGUGGAGGUGGAGACUCCAGAACAGCAAAGCUUUUAGCAGUGGUUUGAAGGAUUUGAACAUUGAAUUUGAUGCCAGGAAAAAUCCUUCCUUGUUUGACCAGUUGCUUUCUCUAGACUUGAAUGCUAUCAUUAGUAGAGGUAUGCAAAGCUUAUCACUCAAGCAAAAGUUAAUUGAUGAUUGUCUCAGCAAGUCAUAUGAAAUUGCCCUUGGGAAUGGUGCAUUUGGUCAUUGCCUGGCUGUCAAUGCAGAUUCUACUCUUUCACUGCUAAGAAGUGAAUUGGGACAUCAAUUAGCUACUAAAAGCAAGGAAAUGAAGUUGAGAGGUAUUGGUGCAGUUGUGUAUAAAGUACCAGAGCUUGAAAAUGACCAACUGCUAAAAAUAAGUCUGAGGAGUGAGGAGAAAGAAGAUACCACACCUAUCACUCAGGAAUUUGGAGGUGGUGGGCAUAGAAAUGCAGGUUCUUUCAUGUUAACAGCUGAUAAGUUUGAACAAUGGAAGGUGUGAUUGGAUUUUUGCACUUGACAUGAGUUGUGUAUAAAGAACCAUAACUUGAAAAUAAGCAUAAGGGGUGUGGAGAAUGAAGUUACCACGCCUAUCUCUCAGGAAUUUGGAGGUGGUAGACAUUGAAAUGCAAGCUCUUUCAUGUUAAUAGCUGAUGAAUUUAAACAAUGAAAGCUGUGAUUGGAUUUUUGCACUUGACAUGGAGACAUGAAGGAGUUACAGUCACACAUGAUAUUCUGUGUGCUGCUCAAAUUGCAAAGUUAUGUGGAAUGUUUUAGUAGUUCUGUCAAUUACUCUAUUAUGCAGUUCUUUUGAAUAUUCUUUUUAUGUAAUUCGAAAGCAAUGUUUGAGUAGUCUCUUCAA